AUGUUAGACCAACUGCAGUCACCUCUAUUCCGCCUCCCCAGGGAAUUGCGCGAUAACAUCUACGAACACUAUGCGCACGACGAAAAUGGCGUUUUCUACGACUAUGCCUCGGAUAAGCUUCGGUAUGAGACCCAGGAAAAACAUCAGGAGAUGACUGCGCUGACACGCUGCUGCAAGCAAGCAGCUGGGGAGAUGAAGGAUGCGGCCAUGCGAGCCAACACCCUAACUUUCUUCCCCGUGCGUUCUGAUCAAGACUGCAUCAGCGUAAAGGAUCUUGACUCCAAAGCUGGACGAUUUGAGCGACUGAUACAAAGCGCGAGGCGUAUGAAGAUGCAUAUGCUGCACUUCGUGGCCAAGGGCGAAUGCGUCAUCCCGGAGAUGGUUGAUCAGGUGGCCACCCGCUUUCCCAAUAUCGCCUGCUACUAUCGAAAAGCCUACGGUGCCAUCAAGGCAGGAGAUGAGCUAUAUGAGGGGACUGGAAUCAACCCAUUCGACUACAACUGA